AUGACCAGACUCCCCGUCUUAACCACCACCCCAGCCCGGCACCCAACCUCCUGCGCCUCCCUCUCUCUCCCACUCCUCUCCUUAUUGAACUGCGUUCUCCCUUCUAACCCACCAAGCGCGUCAAACUCACAAACUCUCACCCUCUCCAUCGGCUCCGGCCCCGGCCUUCUCGAAGCCCUUUUCCUCCACCAUUACCCCUCCCGCUCUUCAUCCUUCUACGGAGUCGAAGUAGCCCCUCCCCUUUCCCAACUAAAAGAGGGAAAAGAAGUGAAUACCUGGUUACCCGAGCAGAACGCGAUUACCGUCCCGGGAACUUGGGCGUUGGUGGGCAGGGAGUGGCUGGGGGAGACGAGGGGGCUGGUGUUUGUUUAUCCUAGGAGUGGGGUGUUGGUGGGGAGGUACUUGGCUGAGAUGGAGGGGAUAGCAGCUGAACGGGGAAAGGGACUGGAAGUGGUAGUUUGGAUUGGACCGUGGUGUGAUGUGGAGGAGUAUAGGGCGGUGUUGGAGGGAUGGGGUGUGAGAGAGGACCUCAUUGGGGAAGAAGAGGGGAGCGGGAAGUUGGUGGAGGAGGGGGAGGUAGUGUUGGUUUAUAGGAGCAGGAGGAGGGAGUGA